AUGGCGAAGGAACGUUCCGGUCUCAUUCUCGGCUUGAAUAAGGGUCACAAAACCACCCCUAUCGAGACCAAGGCCCGCAUCAGCCGCAGCAAGGGCCGUCUCUCUCGCCGCACCGCCUUUGUCCGCGAAAUCGUCAAGGAGGUCGCCGGUCUCGCCCCAUAUGAGCGCCGUGUCGUCGAAUUGUUGAGAAACUCCCAGGACAAGCGUGCCCGCAAGCUCGCCAAGAAGAGGCUCGGCACAAUCGGCCGCGCCAAGGCCAAGGUCGACGAGAUGCAAAAGGUCAUCGCCGAAGCCAGACGGGCUGGUCACUAA